ACAAACCAUGAACAAAUUGAAAGUUCAACUUUUAUGCACAACAUAUUUUGAGCACCUUCUUGUCACCAUAGCCAGCAGCGGCACAUCAUGGAUUUUCCUUCUCAUCUUCUGGCAAUUGCAGGGAUUUUACUCUUUGUUCUGUAUCUAUGGAGGGUAAAAAUCCAAAGUCACAAAACCAAGGGCGUCUUGACCCCACAACCAUCAGGUGCCCUGCCAAUCAUAGGACACCUCCACAAACUUGGAGGCAAAAACCCACUUUGCAGAACCCUAGCAUCCAUGGCUGACAAGUACGGUCCAAUCUUCACCAUACGGCUUGGCAAGCACCCUGCACUUGUGAUCAGCAACCAUGAUGCAGUCAAGGAAUGCUUCACUAAAAACGACAUCGUUUUCGCAGCGAGACCAAAGUCGGCACAUGGCAGGUACCUUGGUUACAAUUAUGCAGGUUUCGGGUUCUCACCAUACGGCACGUACUGGCGUAACAUGAGAAAAAUGGUCAUCGCUGAGUUGCUAUCUAGCCGCAGGCUUCAGACAUUAAAACAUGUCCAAAUCUCCGAGGUUGAUUCUUUUAUCAAGGGGUUGUACGAAAUUUGCAAAACAAAGGGGGGAAAUGGUCAAAGCAAGGUGGUGAUUAGCGAGUGGAUUGAGCACCUGACUUUGAAUGUAAUUACUCAAAUGAUUGCUGGGAAGAGGUAUUUUGAUUGGGGUAAAGUGGGAAAUGACUCAGAUAAUGAGGGAGAGAAUAAGAGGAUUCGGGAAAUCGUGAAGGAGUUUAUGCUUGUGUCUGGGAUGCCAGUCAUUUCUGAUAUGAUUGGGUAUCCGGAUUGGAUUGAUUUUCUGGGGCAAGUGAAGAAUAUGAAGCGUAUAGGGAAGGAGUUGGAUGCUCUAACGGCAAGUUGGAUUGAAGAACAUAAUAAUGCAAGGAAGGAGAUCGACUCAAGGGACAAGCUCGACUUCAUUGAUGUCAUGCUUUCUGUGAUUGAGGACAAUACUGUGCUUGGUCAUACUCGUGAAACCAUCAUCAAGGCAACAUCGCAGAAUCUGAUCAUAGCUGGCUCAGAUACCACAGCAAUCAGCUUGAAGUGGAUCAUCUCUUUAUUAUUAAACAACAGGCAUGUUUUGAAGCAUGCACAAGAAGAGAUAAACCUAAAAGUUGGCACAGAGAGAUGGGUUGAAGACACUGAUAUCGAAAACCUAACUUACCUCCAAGCCAUUGUCAAGGAAACCCUACGUCUAUAUCCUCCAGGUCCACUCUCAGUCCCACAUGAAGCAAUGGAAGACUGCCAAGUUUGUGGCUUUCACAUUCCAAAGGGCACACGUUUAUUUGUCAAUUUGUGGAAAUUGCACAGAGACCCAACUAUGUGGUCAGACCCUGAAAUGUUUUACCCAGAUAGGUUUCUUACAACCCAAGCAAGCAUUGAUGCCUCUGGUAACCAUUUUGAGUUCAUUCCAUUUGGGUCUGGAAGAAGAUCUUGUCCAGGUCUCACAUUCGCAAUGCAAGUUAUCCACUUGACUCUUGGUAGAUUGAUUCAAGGAUUUGAAUUGGCUACUCCAUUGGACAUGCCUGUAGACAUGACUGAAGGACUAGGCGUUACUUUGCCAAAGGCAACUUCACUUGAAGUUGUGCUAACUCCACGCUUGCCCAUUGAAUUGUAUGAAAGAUAGGCAUUGGGUUGUGAUUAUAUGCUAUGUAAUUGUAGACUCUUAAUGUUGUGCCUGUUUGUAAAUGGUAUUUGUAUCUUAUCAUGUGAAAACCAUUAAUAAAAAAAAGCCCCGUGUAGGGUACACGCAA